GCUCAAGGUCGUGGAGAAGAAAGCGCGGUGAAGUUUGAAAGUUGAUUGCUUUUCCGUGCACUCUAGAAGUCAUCUCGUCUCUCAAGUAUCACAAAUAUUGUAAAUUUGAAAAGCACAUUCCACUGCGUACCUAUUAGAGGGUAGUGGCCUGUUGGAAAGGACAAACAGGACCAUUAAGGCCCUACUACAAUCGUUCAUCAGUGAGUCGACUGGAUGUUGGGAUAAUGCGGUACUACAAUGCUUCUUAGCUUAUCGCACACCAUUGCAUGGGUCUACAGGGUUUUCAAUCGUCACCCUACUUUUGCGCAUGAAUUGCAUCUGCCUGUUGGGAUACAAAUGCCCUCGUUACUAUAUGAGGCUCAAGAACACGUAUCAUACAUUCAUAAUCUUCGUAGCUGUCUGGUCGACGCGUAGUGCCUGGUCAAAACCAGGAAAACUUAUGCGACCGAGGAAUUGACGGGCUGGUGUAAAAACUAGCGAUCGUGUUUGGCCUCACCUCCCUGUCUCCACCAAGAGCACGUAGCAACUUCCACCAUCCUUGGGAAGGGCCUUACAAAAUUGUGCUUAUUCGACCUCCCACCACCUUCAUCUUACACAACCGUCAUCGGCCUAAAGACUACGUUAUAACAGUACACUAUAACCGCUUGGAACUAGACCGAAAGAUGGUGCAUUCAGGUACCCAGUUUGUAAACACUCAUCUGCCACCAGUUAUUACGAAGUACCAUCAAAAGAAGACAUAGCAUGUCCAUGUCCACAGUCAGACACUGAGGACAGUGCCUCACGGAGAGAGAGGUUGUGUGGAAAUAUUCGAAAUUAUUGUGCAAUGUUAUUAAUGUGAGUUUGUUUUUUUAUUACAGGGCAACAAAGGGUAAAUAUUUACAUAUGUGCUGCAAGAAAAACAAGGCCUGGGUGAACUGGACUUGCAAAUAAUUUAUGAAACUUUUGUAAACAAGCUUUCUUUUUUGUAACAUAACCGCGUUAUCCGAUUUUUGAAAUAUAUACGUUGUUGCUGGCACGUCAUGUUUUACCUCCGAUAUUCACUGGCCCUGGUCUGCAUGUUGUUUUUAAAUCUCUCCUGCUUUCAAACAAACGCCAAUAAUACAUCGGUACAGUGUUAGUCGUUCCAAGGUUAAUGUGCUCAGCGCCGAAUCACUGUUGGUAACUACCUGCUCUUAUUAUUACGAUUUAUCUUUUUCUUGCCAUUUGCAAUUGUACUUCAAAUUUUCUUCUCAUUACAAUAUUAAAUUGGAAGAUCACCACUUUGCCGAGUCUUUAUUAUUACUGUUUUUGAAUAUUUCCAGUUAGAAUGUCUCAUUCUCCUGAAAGUGCAAUAGUUCAUGAAAAUAUUACGAAUGGUGGUGCUGAGUUAGAAAAGAAAUUACUCAACUUGAAGCCUCCUUUUAAUGAUAUUGACGAUGUUUAUUUAUCCUCAAAUUUCAACGAAUUAGAUCGUAGCUCACAUGUUUCAGUGGUUAUGUCGGAACGAGUUCAGUGUAUAGCUUCUGGUAUAUACAAAGAGUUUGAAACUAUGAUUGAGGCUUAUGGAUUACCCGUUGUUGAACGUUUAAUGCCAUUAAUAAUUAGUCUACUAGAAAAUUUGGAUGACCUAUAUAAAGAUCAAUCUGCAUACCACGCUGAAGUCAGACAAUUACGUGAAGAGAAUGAGCAUAUUUAUGACCAACUUACUGCUGAAAAGGCUGCUCGAAAACAGUCCGAAAUGCGUUUACUAAAUGCAGAGGAUGCUUUUGAUGAAGAGAGAAAGGUGAAUGAGGCAAAAAAUGAGUCAUUGUCCACAUCUUGUCGGCAAACGGAAUUGAGACUUCAGUUGGCUAAAGAUCAAGUUUCACGUUUAGAGGUGAAAGAACAAGAAUGGAAAAAAGAAGAGAAUCGUUUACAUGAACAUCUAAAUGAAUUAAUACGUUCUAAUGUUGAAUUAACUGAACAAAUCAAAUUUAUUAAUCAUAAUAACAAUAAUCAAGAACAAUCAAGAAAUACAUUGAAUAAUUCUAUUCAGAGAAAUUCACCACGUAAAUUAUCAAUGAAUUCAUCCAAGUAUAAUUUAACUGGAUCAACUAAUCAUGAUCAAGGCUCAACAAUAGAUGGAUCAUCUACAGUUCAUUCGAAUUCACUUGGUGUUGGCUAUGAUACUACUGGCGGUGGAUUUGAGUUUGAUGAACUCCCAAAUACUCUGGAGUCGGAAGGUGGUGGUCUAAAUGUCGACGAUGAUCUACCUGACAAUUAUCCUAAUACAAUUAAUCCAGAAUUUGAAAUCAUUGAAUUUGCUGGUAUGCGUAAAGAGAUUGAUGUAUUAAUCAAAGAGAAUAUGGAACUUGUUGAAAUGAAAAAUGCUCUCAAUGUUGUGAAAGACGACCUACUAGCCAGAAUUGACCAUUUAACAUCUGAGAAUAUAUCAUUACGUGAAUCAGUAGAUAUGUUAACUGAUUCACGUAUUCGUUUACAAAAUGAAUUAACUAAUACUGAUCAAUUAUUAAAUGAUGCACGUUCAGAAUUAAGUCAAUUAACUGAAAAAUUAUCAUUAUAUCAAGAUAAAACAAAUGUAGAAUCGACUAAUUCCGCUCAAGUUAAACGUUUCACACGAUCCGAAAUGGCACGUAUUCUAGCUGAACGUAAUCAUUAUAAAGAACGUUUAUUAGAAUUACAAGAUGCUGUACGUUUUACAGAAACUUUACGUGUCAGUCAAAAAGGACAUCGUGAACUAUUCAUGACUAAAACACCACCAAUACAACAAUAUAAAUUUGAUUCAAAUAGUCCAGUUAGUGGUCCAUUACAAAGUCUACAAAAGUUCUUCUCAUCAUUUACUUCUGGUCAACGUUCUGAAAAUUCAAAUGAAUUGAUUCACAAUGUUGGAAAUGAGCUGUCAAUUCAUGGCACAGAUAAUUCCCUAUCAUGGAUUACAUUGUCAACGACAUGUGCUCAUUCCCCGAUUUACGGUUGGGCAACUGGAAAACAAUCGGACCGUAGAUCCAGUUGUAAUAAUAAUAACAAUAAUAAUGGUGGUGUUAUUCAAAGUAACAAUGAUUCUGUUGAUGAUAAUGCACAUUCUAAUGUACCAGUCCCCAUUCAAUGUAGAACAAUUGGUGGUUUGCAUAAAAAAAACUUAGAGAUAUGUACAGCACUUACUGUUCCAAUCGCAUCCUUGGAUUGUAAUUCCAAACCUAAAUAUCAUCUAUGGCUGAUUGGUCGUGGUGGUUCAGGAGAUUAUCCAAAUUCCAAUGAUUCUUCAUUAUCAGUAAAUCGUGGUUAUCUUGGACAAGUGCACAUAUUUGAACCAACAAAAUUCACUCAACCUAUUAAUAGUUUUGAUUUAGAUAAUGGUUUCUUGCCGACAGCAGCUGUUUAUGUAAAAUACAAUGAAGCUGCAUCAACUGCUCCAUCCUCAAUGGAAUUAACCUCAAAUCAUGAAUACAUUGAAUUUACAUGGGAUGUCAAUGAGUCUUAUGAUAAUAAUAGUAGUAGUAAUAUGAAUGAGACAAUUUGUAAUAAGAAUAAUGGUGGUUGCGUAAUUGUAGCGUCAAAUGAUGGACGAUUUCUAGUUUAUAGAUUAUGUUAUAGCAUGAAGUCAACCAGUUCGUCUGAUAUGGCCGGAAAUAAUGACGAUAAUAAUAGUAAUUAUAGUGAGCAAAUUGUUUCAAGUCAUUUCAAUGUUGUUGGCUUACCACAAUUAAUAUAUCGAUUUAAAACAAAUAGUCAAGGUUUAGUGGCUAAUGGGAUGAUUUCACGUGAUAAUUAUGUGUGUAUUGGUCUAUUCAAUUCACUUGGUACAACUCAUAUUGUUUGCUUUCAAUGGCCAUUAACAUUUAUGCAAAAUCAACAUAAUCAUACAGUAAAUACAUCAUCUUCAAUGAUUACUUCUACAUCCAACAAAAUACAAACAAAACAUAAACUCAUUAAUUUACCGUAUGAAUCUUUAUCAACUGGUCCGUUAAUUAUGGCUUCUUCGUUUUCAUCCUCCACUUUGUCUUCUUCUAAUCCUUGUUCUACUGUGAUUGAGAAUAAUAUUUCUUCAAUAAAUGACUAUAUUUGGCUUGGUACAGCUGGUGGUGGUCAUUGUUAUUGUUUAGACGUCCAAUCUGGUGAUUUUAUAACAAGUUUAGCAUUACCAAAUGAAACUCCAUGUCUACAUGCAAUAUGCAUUAAACCGUCUACAACAGGAUUGGCCGACAUUGUUUGGUUAGCUGUAUCUGGCAAUCCUACAAUCUGUCCAUCAUGUGAGAAAAUUUCAACAUCUACAACCGAUAGUAAUCGUAGUAAUAUUGAUAAUAAAGACAUUGAUGAUGAUGUUAUCGUUAAUCAGAAAAAGUGUCAACAUAAUGUAAAUAGUGGAGUAAGUGUUGGAAUGGCACGUCUAUUAGGAUGUUGUCCUAAACAAAAGUGUAUUCUACGUCAAAUUGAUUUAACUAAUUCAUUGUCUUCAAUGUUAGAUAUGGAAAAUGUUACAGAUCCGAUUGAUUUAACUAUAUGUCGUUUACUUAUUAUACCACUGACUAGUGAUCAUGAAAUAUGGUUUGCUACUCGUUCUGGUCUUAUUGCUCGUUUACAUUUGGAUUACUCCAAGUAUAAACAUUCAUCAAAUGAGGUUGAAUUGUCCAAAACUUCUUCAAUAACAAUCAGUUGUCAUGGUUAUCGACGUCCUGUAUGCAAUUUACUAUUAAUUCAUCAAAUUUGUCAAAAAGCAAUUAACAAUGAAGACUUGAGUUAUUUAAUUGUAUCAGUUGGACAUGAUUAUGUUGAUCUGAGACAAUUUCAAGAACAAUAUGAACAAAAAGAUGAACAACAAACUCAUCUUCCAGUUGAUCAAAUUUCUAGCAUGAGGAUUCAUGUUAAUCGUUCACGUCAAAUGGGUUCAGGUGCUCAUGCUAUUGUUUGGAGACUAACCGAUUUAUCCCAUUAAAUUAUCUAAAUAAUCAUUGUUCAGAACAACAUAUAUAAGCGAAC